UGCCUCUGCAAAAAGCAGGCGCAGGAAGACGCCUCAGUUAGCAGCAUGUCUCGGCGAAAGCAAGCCAAGCCUCAGCAUCUCAAGUCGGAUGAGGAGCUGCCAGCCGAGGUGCUUUCGGAGCAGGCAGUCCCAGGAGAAGGAGCAGAUGAUGGAGAUAGUGGGAAUGAAAGCAGGAGCGGAAGUGAGGAAACAAAUGUUUGUGAAAAAUGCUGUGCGGAAUUCUUCAAGUGGGCCGAUUUCCUGGAACACAAGAAGAACUGUACUAAAAACCCACUGGUGUUGAUUGUGAACGAAGAUGAAGCUGCACCGCCUUCUGAGGAGUUCCCGGAGCCCUCGCCUUCUAGCUCUCCCAGUGAUCAAGCAGACAGUGAGGCUGCUGAAGAAAGCAUUCAGACUGAGAACAAUGAGAGCUGUGAGGUAAAGAAUACUGACAAGGAAGAAGAACCCAUGGAAGUAGAACCUUCUGCAGAGAAAAGUUACCCCAAUCAAGGCACCUCGAGCACAGCUACGCCACUACCUCAGAUUAGUGAAACAUCUUCCUUGACAAGUUAUAACAUGCCAAACACUAACGUAACCUUAGAGACUUUGUUAAGUACUAAAGUGGCUGUCGCACAGUUCUCUCAGAGUGCAAGAUGUGCAGCCUCUGCAACCACAGCUAGCGGGGUUACGGCAAUGGCCAUUCCAAUGAUCCUUGAGCAGCUGAUGGCGUUGCAACAGCAGCAGAUUCACCAGCUGCAGCUAAUUGAACAGAUCCGGAGUCAGGUGGCAAUGAUGAAUCGGCAGCCAUUACGUCCCACUUUAAACCCAGCUGCUCCUUCUCAGAAUGUCCCCGUGCAAGCUUCUAAUCAGCUGCAGGGGUUUGCAGCAAACUCUGCUCUUCAGUUGGCAGCCGUAGUUCCCUCCGCCAUUGUGGCACAAGCCACUAGCAACCCACCAACUGCCUUUGAGAGCUCUCAGCACAUUUCAAGACCCACGUCUGGUGCAAGUACCCCCAACAUGUCAAGCAAUGGUUCUUCUGCCCCAAAUGAAUCAAGCACACCAUCUUCUAAUGCAAUUACAGCUUCACUAACACCUGUUUCUGUGUCAAAUAGCUCCAACACCGCCUCACAGCCCCUAGAUGCUUCAACUCCACCUUCAAUAGGACCAGGAAAUCUCCUCACCUCAGCUUCCGGCCUGCCAAACCCACUUCUACCUCAGACUUCAUCCAGUAGUGUAAUUUUCCCCAAUCCACUGGUUAGCAUUGCUGCAACCGCUAAUGCACUGGAUCCUCUGUCUGCUCUUAUGAAACAUCGCAAAGGAAAACCACCAAAUGUAUCUGUGUUUGAACCCAAGACGAGUUCCGAGGAUCCCUUUUUUAAACACAAGUGCAGAUUCUGUGCCAAGGUAUUUGGGAGUGACAGUGCUCUGCAGAUACACUUGCGUUCACACACAGGUGAAAGACCCUUUAAGUGUAACAUAUGUGGCAAUCGGUUUUCCACUAAAGGCAAUCUGAAAGUUCAUUUUCAGAGACACAAAGAGAAGUACCCACACAUUCAGAUGAAUCCAUAUCCAGUUCCAGAAUACCUCGAUAAUGUUCCCACUUGCUCUGGGAUUCCUUAUGGCAUGUCAUUACCGCCUGAAAAACCUGUUACCACAUGGUUGGACAGCAAGCCUGUAUUACCAACAGUACCAACUUCAGUUGGGCUGCAGCUUCCCCCAACAAUACCUGGUGUGAACAGUUAUGUAGAUUCCCCAAGCAUUACACCCAUGAGCAGGUCACCCCAGAGACCAUCCCCUGCUUCAAGCGAAUGCACUUCGUUAUCUCCAAGCCUAAACAAUUCUGAAUCAGGCAUUCCUUUGUCUGCAGAAUCUCCACAACCAAUUCAUAGUGGCUCAUCUCUGACAAAAACUGAACCAGUUAAUAUUCCUGUGACAAAUGCAAGGCCUGCAGACAUUCCUGUAAGUGGGCAGGCUUCCGUAGUACCCACAUCUUCAGUCCCUAAUGCUGCAACAGACAGUAGCAUUUCCACGAGCAUCCCGAACCCUGUGCUUCCAUCAUUGUCUGACCAGUUCAAAGCUAAGUUUCCAUUUGGUGGUCUACUAGAUUCUAUGCAAACAUCAGAAACCUCAAAAUUGCAGCAGCUUGUGGAGAACAUUGAUAAGAAGAUGACCGAUCCAAAUCAAUGUGUCAUUUGUCACCGUGUGCUUAGUUGUCAGAGUGCUCUCAAGAUGCAUUACAGAACCCAUACAGGAGAAAGACCAUUUAAAUGCAAAAUUUGUGGACGUGCAUUUACUACAAAAGGCAAUCUAAAAACACAUUUUGGAGUUCAUCGAGCGAAGCCACCACUUAGAGUACAGCACUCGUGUCCCAUUUGUCAGAAGAAAUUUACAAAUGCUGUUGUUCUUCAACAGCAUAUUCGUAUGCACAUGGGUGGGCAAAUUCCAAACACGCCAUUACCAGAGGGCUUCCAAGACGCCAUGGACUCAGAGCUUUCCUUUGAUGAAAAGAACGCGGAAACACUGAGCAACUAUGACGACGACUUUGAUGAAAACUCCAUGGAAGAGGACCCAGAGUUAAAAGACAAUGCCAGUGACUCCUCCAAACCACUUAUACCUUAUGCUGGGUCCUGCCCACCAUCACCUCCCUCUGUAAUCUCUAGCAUUGCUGCUCUGGAGAAUCAAAUGAAAAUGAUCGACUCUGUCAUGAACUGUCAACAGCUCACCAAUCUAAAAUCUAUAGAAAAUGGGUCAGGGGAAAGUGACCAUUUGAGCAAUGAUUCCUCGUCAGCCGUUGGGGAUCUGGAGAGCCAGAGUGCAGGGAGUCCUGCUAUGUCUGAAUCCUCUUCAUCCAUGCAAGCUUUGUCUCCUGAAAACAGCAACUGCGAAAGUUUUAGAUCAAAGUCCCCAGGCCUAAAUAACCAGGAAGAACUGCACGAAAUACAAUUAAAGACAGAAAAACCUGACAGCCCUCCACCCCUUGCUGUAGAAAAUGGAGGUGCACUCGAUCUGACAGCCACCAAUCCAGGGAGGCCAUUCAUCAAAGAAGAAACUCCUUUUAGCCUGCUGUUCCUGAACAGAGAACGCGGUAAGUUUAAAAGUACUGUUUGUAAUAUCUGUGGCAAGCCUUUUGCUUGUAAGAGUGCAUUGGAAAUUCACUACCGCAGCCAUACUAAAGAACGUCCAUUUGAAUGUACAGUCUGCAAUCGCGGGUGUUCCACUAUGGGUAAUUUAAAACAGCACUUACUGACACACAAAUUAAAAGAGCUGCCUUCUCAGUUAUUUGAACCCAACUUUACUCUAGGUCCCAGCCAAAGUACUCCUAGCCUGGUCACCAGCACUGCGCCUACAAUGAUCAAAAUGGAAGUGAAUGGUCACAGCAAGCCGAUCUCCUUGGGGGAGGUUCCAUCGCUUCCAGCUGGAAUCCAGGUUCCUGCUGCACCACAGACAGUGAUGAACCCGGGCAUCACCCCUAUGCUGGCACCCCCACCUCGUCGAACUCCCAAACAACACAAUUGUCAUUCGUGUGGGAAGACCUUCUCCUCAGCAAGUGCACUACAGAUACACGAACGCACCCAUACUGGUGAAAAGCCAUUUGGUUGCACAAUCUGUGGUAGAGCUUUUACCACAAAAGGGAAUCUUAAGGUUCACAUGGGAACUCAUAUGUGGAAUAAUGCCCCAGCACGCCGUGGCCGUCGACUAUCUGUGGAAAACCCCAUGGCUUUGUUAGGUGGUGAUGCUCUAAAGUUUUCAGAAAUGUUCCAAAAGGAUUUGGCAGCUCGGGCAAUGAAUGUUGACCCAAAUUUUUGGAACCAGUAUGCUGCAGCUAUCACUAAUGGACUUGCAAUGAAGAACAAUGAAAUUUCUGUCAUACAGAAUGGAGGCAUUCCCCAGCUCCCAGUAAGUUUAGGCGGAAGCGCUAUUCCGUCUUUAAGUAAUAUUACCAGUGGAAUGGACAAAGCUCGUACCGGCAGUAGCCCUCCCACCAUGGGUUUGGACAAAGCGAGUUCUGAAACUGGAGCCAAUCGCCCAUUCACAAGGUUUAUUGAGGAUAAUAAAGAGAUUGGCAUAAAUUAAAAGAAUUCAGUACAAGUAACUGUUGGACCACUACUCAACACAACAUUUGUUCAUUCAUGUACAGUUUUGGAAGUUAAGCAUUAGUUUCCUGACCUAAUUGCCUAGGUUUCCCUUUAAGAUUUUAUCCCAUAGCAGAAAUACAUAAUUUUGUGUCUGCUGAAAAGUUGUCUUGCAAGAUUUGCAUGGUACUACUUUCAACAGUGAGCUGACUGUUACUGAGAAUUUUUGGAAACUUUUUUUAAUUUAAGUAAUGAAAAUUCAUUGGAUAUUUGCAUUAGGGACUGAAGGAGGCUAAAUUUGUUUCAGUUUUUGUUUCUAAACACAAAAAAAUGCCAUCAAUCAAAUAAAAAAGGGGCACAAAGGCAUUUCUGUCCAGCUUCUCUGCUGGGUUUGUUCCAUGUAGCUAGAAACUUGAACUAUGUUUUUAGAAAUCCUCUAACAUUCAGUAAGUGAUUUAGUACCCUAAUGCUGUGUAUGAUUACAGUAUUCUUGUCUGUAGUAUUUAUAAUGUAAAGAUAAUGCGGGUAACAGACAAUAUACUAGUCCCAUCCUUAAAUGAAGCUUUUUGUACUGCAAAAUACAUCUGGCUAUGUGAUUUUUUUAAAGCAAUUUUUGUUUUAUUAUAAAUAAGUGGUUUAUUUCAAUGCAGGCAAAAUUGUGAAGUUUUAUUGGGAAAGAUAGCAUGCUUUUCAUGUGCAAGUACCUGUCAGUAACAAACCAUUUUAAUUUAAAUAUUUGUAGCUGCUCUGUGGACCGUUGUUCUAUUAAUUGAAAAAAAAUGUAGUGUGGACUUCAGUUCAUGGCUGGAAAACAAGUUACAGACAAACCUUAUCACAACAGGUUAUUCACAACAUUAUAAACGGUUGUGAGUAAAACAUUUCAUGUUAUCAAAGGCUGUACAAUAAAAAGGCAGUGUUUGUAUAAUGUGGUUGCAAACUCUUAAUUUA